GUCAUGUGAGAAAGCAGGAAAGCUCGUUUUAAAAUCAUGAAGUAUAUUCGUGCUGCCAUUGGCGUGUUUUUUGAGUAUGACACUCCACGAAUCGUCCACAUAAAAAGCAAGAAGGUUGGUGUGAUAAACCGUUUUAUUCAGCUCUGUAUCAUCGGCUACGUCAUCGGGUAUGCCAUCAUUUUCAAAAAGGGUUAUCAAGACUUUGACAAUGUGCAGAGUGUGGUUACAACAAAAGUCAAGGGAAUUGUCAUGGUAGAUGAAUCAAUUCAUCCUGACAUCCAACGCAUCUGGGAUGUGGCAGACUAUAUUGUACCCCCUCAGGAGAACAAUGCCUUUUUUGUUGUUACAAAUUUGAUUGUCACUCCUUUCCAAUCAAUUGGCAAAUGUCCAGAGGAUAGUUCAAUAAAAGGUUCCAAUUGCACUUCAGACACAGACUGUAAAAAUGGAACAGUACUUCCAGUAGGAAAUGGAGUUCUAACAGGAAAAUGUGAUACUGAUGUAAACACCUGUGAAAUUACUGCCUGGUGUCCAGUAGAAAAUGGGACUUUAAAGGCACCAAAACCAGCAAUUUUGGAGAACUCUAAAGAUUUUACCGUAUUCAUUAAAAAUAACAUAGAAUUUCCAAAAUAUAAUGUCAAAAGGCGUAAUUUACCAGACAAUGUCAGUGAUGAAUAUCUACAGAACUGUAGAUAUGAUGGAGGACCCAACUCAAGAUGUCCAAUUUUUACUCUUCAGUCCAUUGUAGAGGGCGCUAAUAGUGGAUCUUACCGUGAUAUAGCAGUGGAGGGAGGUGUGAUUCAAGUGAAGAUAAAGUGGAACUGUAACUUGGAUUUGUCAGUGGAUGAAUGUCUACCUGAAUACAGCUUCAGGAGAUUGGACAGUAGUACCUACAAAAUAUCUAAGGGAUACAACUUCAGGUAUUCCAAAAAUUUUAAAUUUGAAAAUGGAACAGAAUACAGGACACUUUAUAAAGCCUAUGGAAUAAAGUUUGUGAUUUCUGUGUCCGGUCAGGGGCGCAAAUUUGCACCUGUUCCAUUUUUUACCAAUAUUGGAAGUGGUCUUGCCCUUUUGUCCAUAGCUACAGUCAUUUGUGACAUAGCAGUACUUUAUAUUCUAAAGGCCAGACAUCUUUACAAGGAGAAGAAAUACUUGCAAGUUGUUGGAGAUGAUGCAUAUAAAGGACUUGUGAAUGAAGACGAGAGGUCUAUGCCAAAUUAUCAAGCAACAUCAGACAAUGACCUUUAAAUUGGGUGCUUUUAUCUAG